AUGGACGUCGACAGCACGAUCACGCCAAACCUGGCCUCGAUCCAGUCCAUAUCAAACCAACGCGAGAAGAUCGAUGCCUACCUCUCCCUCCUCGCGACGCUGCUCACGCCCACGGCGUCGGCGGCCGACCUGACGGCCUUUGGGCGGCACUUUACGACGUCGACCUCGAUGGCGAUGGUCGUCGGGCGCCGCGUGCUCGGCGACUACGUGGCGGCGCUCGCGGCGGGGACAGACUACCGCCCCACGCUGGCCGCCGAGGCGGACGACGACCGCGCCAAGUGGGACGCGGCGGGCCUGGCGGCCUUCACUGGCCGCGACGACGUGCGCCGCGAGGUCGUCGAGGGCGUGCUUGCUGGCGACUUGGCGGGCUGGUGCGAGGAGCAGACGACGGCGCUGAGGCAUGUCCUCUCGGGCAUCCUCCAGCGCGACGAGGACUGGCUCGGCGCUGCGCGUGCCCUGAUGCGUAUCCCGCUCGACGGCUCGAGGAUUGUUCCCGACGAGGAGAAGCUCGCAGUGUACAUCAAGAUUGUGCGGUUGCUGCUCGAGUGCGGCGAGUCCGGUGCAGCGCAGACAUACUUCUCCCGCGCGUCGCUGCUCAUCCACACGUCAAAGGACAAGGAGACGCAGCUGGCGUACCGCCUCUCUCAGGCACGUCUGCUCGACUUUGCGGCGCGCUUCGCCGAGGCGGCGCAAAAGUACCAUGAGAUUAGCUUCAACUCGGCGAUUGCGGAGGAGGACAGGAUCCAGAUGCUCUCGUCGGCUGUCACCACAUCAAUUCUGGCCCCAGCAGGCCCACAGCGCUCGCGCAUCCUCGCGUCGCUGAACCGCGACGAGCGGGUGCAGACGUCUCUCCCCGCACACCUCUCUACCAUGCUUCGCAAGAUGCUGCUCGAGUACAUUGUGCGCCCCGAGGAGGUGCACGAGUUUGAGCGCGGGCUGGAGGAGCACCAGCGCGCGAUCGUCGAGGGAGGCGGCACGGUUCUGGAGCGCGCGGUGCGCGAGCACAACGUCAACGCGUGUGCGCAGGUGUACGACAACAUUGGGUUUGACGGCCUCGGCGCGCUGCUGGGCGUCGACGCCGCGUCCGCCGAGAGCAUGUCGCGGCGCAUGAUUGAGCAGGGGCGUCUCCGCGCGUGGAUCGACCAGCCCCUCGGCCUGCUCUACUUCGAGUCGCGCCCGAGCCACGACACGGACGCCGACGCGCAGGGCACGGCGGGCGGUCUCGGCAUCGAGCACGUCGAGAAGGAGGUCGAGCCCGUGUCGUGGACUGAGCGCUGGGACGACCGCAUCCGCGCGACGAGUCUCAAGGUCGAGAGCGUGGCGGCGCAGAUCCAGGCACGCGGCCUGGUCAAGGCGUAGGCGGCAGCCGCGCCGAGUUGUACAUAUUAGCUAGC